GGGCAAAAGAGCAGAGGGGAAAGUUUUGAAGUUUUGAGAAGGUAGUGUGGUGAGAGACGUUGUGAGCGAGCAUGGGAAGCAGAAUCGGAAGAAGGGUGGUGCAGUUCGCAAACCUACCAAUAAAGCUUUUGAUGCCCAAAACCUUCACCAACAUCCAAGAAAUUGCGCUGAAAACCAUUCCUUCCGCUUCGAAGAUCGAAAUCAAGCGCGUUCUUGAAUCCCUCUACGGGUUCGAGGUCGAGAAGGUUCAGACGUUGAACAUGGAGGGUAAGAAGAAGAAACGGGGCGGGUUGUUGAUCGCCAAACCCGAUUAUAAAAAGGCCUAUAUCACUCUCAAGAACCCGCUCUCCAUUUCGCCCGAUCUCUACCCGAUCCGAAUCAUCGAGGAGGAUAACAAGAGGAUCAACAAACAAACCAAGUCCAGCGUCGUCGAGAAAGAGACCCACGACAGGAGUCACUGGCUCGAUGACAGGAAAGAGGCCCAACAGACCUUCGGGGCCCAACGGUCCUUCCGGGCCCAACACCAUGGGCGUUUGGGUCGCCGCGAGAGUGCCGAUCAUGCUAAGUUCCCCUGGUCAAGCAUGAGGUCUGGUAGUAGUUCUACGAGAUAGUUGAUGCUGUUGUUGUUUUCUAGGUGUUGGUUGUAGCUGUUAACAUAUUUGGUCUGUUGAAAUGUAACAGAAAUGGUGUAAGGUGCGAUGGGUUUCAAUGGGUUUUGUUCAUUAGUGGCGAUUGUGCUAAUAAAUGUUCUACUUAAACUCGGUUGAUUUUGAUUAAGUAGUAUCACAUGUUUCUCAUUCAUGUAUGUUCUUAUUUCUUUGCCAUUGUGUCAGCCAUUUGUACCCAAUUUUGAUGAGUGCAAUAUGCCUUAUCCAUGCCUAUUGAUUUCUAA